GCGAUGACGUCUGAACACGUGACUGCGAAAACCCGGAAAUACUCAACCAUUCAUUCACUGCAGCUCAUCGCCCUCACUGACAGAGUCCUUGAUCAACACAGUUAGACCCCCUCCCAGCAUGGCUGCAGACUCGAUGGAAAUUGAUGAUUCUCUCUAUAGUCGUCAGCGUUAUGUGUUGGGAGACAGUGCCAUGCACCAGAUGGCUCAGUCCUCUGUGUUUCUCAGUGGAUUGGGAGGACUUGGAAUUGAAAUAGCAAAGAAUAUUGUCCUGGCUGGUGUAAAGGCUGUCACUCUGCAUGACCUGAAGAAAUGUGACACGUGUGAUCUGGGAUCCAACUUCUUCAUCUUUCAACAGGAUGUGUUGAGACAGAAAACUAGGGCCGAGGCAGUGUGUCCGCGGGUCGCAGAGUUAAAUCCUUAUGUCCAAGUGGACAUGUGUUUCUCAGCCUUGGAUGUCAACACAGAUCUCGCCUUUCUCAGAAAUUAUCAGUGUGUAAUUCUUACUGAAGCCUCCAUCAGUCUCCAAAAGAGAGUGAAUGACUUCUGCCAUCAACAGAAGCCACCGAUCAGAUUUAUUGGCUGUGAUGCUUUUGGUAUAUGUGUCCGGGUGUUCUGCGAUUUUGGAGAGGAGUUUGAAGUGUCAGAUCCCACUGGAGAGGAACCGAAGGAGGUUUUUAUCCAGAGUAUCACUCAGGAUAACCCUGGUGUUGUCACCUGCCUAGACAACCAACCACAUCGCCUGCAGACAGGUCAGAGUGUGGUCUUUAGGGAGGUGAACGGCAUGGUGGAACUCAACAGCGCUGUGCAACAAAUUUCAGUUCUGUCCCCUUACAGCUUCUCUAUUGGAGACACGUCUCAACUCCAAACCUAUACCCAUGGAGGCUUCUUCGUCCUGGUGAAAACCCCCAGGACAUUCUCUUUUGAAACCAUAGAGAAGCAGUUAUGUGAUCCUCAAAUUCUGACUCCAGACUUCAGUAAACCGGAGGCCCCUCUGCAGAUCCACGUGGCCAUGUUGGCCUUGGAUACGUUUCAGGAGCAGAACAGAAGGCUUCCUCACAUUGGUUGUUUAAAAGAUGCCGAGGCUUUGCUCAAGCUCACAGAGGAAGUCAGUGCAACACUCAAAAACAAGGUUGCUGUGAACACAGAGUUGGUUCGCUGCCUGUCCAGAACAGCCAGAGGUGUUCUCCCUCCAUUAACAGCUGCUGCAGGAGGUCUUGCUAGUCAGGAGGUUCUGAAGGCCAUCACUGGAAAGUUUGCUCCUUUGCAGCAGUGGUUCUAUCUUGAUGCCAUUGAGGUCGUGAAACCUCUACAGUCCUUACCUGCUGAGGAGUUUGCUCCAAGGGGCGACCGCUAUGAUGGGUUAAGAGCUUGUGUUGGGGAAUCACUGUGUAUGGAACUGCAUAAGCUCAGGGUCUUCAUGGUUGGCUGUGGUGCUAUAGGCUGUGAGAUGUUGAAAAACUUUGCUCUGCUAGGAGUUGGAUUGACCAAGAACUCAGGGGAGGUUUGCAUCACUGAUCCAGACCUCAUUGAAAAGUCCAACCUUAAUCGUCAGUUUCUUUUCCGACCUCAUCAUAUACAGAAACCAAAGAGCACCACCGCAGCAGAAGCCACUUUACAGAUCAACCCAGAGCUGCAGGUGGACGCUCAUCUGAACAAGGUUUGUCCCGCUACAGAGGGCAUCUACAGCGACUCCUUCUACUCGCGUGUGAACCUUGUGGUAACUGCGCUGGACAAUGUGGAAGCUCGCAGAUACGUCGACAGCCGCUGCGUCUCUAAUCUGAGGCCACUCUUGGACUCGGGAACCAUGGGAACUAAAGGACACACUGAAAUUAUCGUGCCAAACCUGACCGAGUCAUACAACAGCCAUAGGGACCCACCGGAGGAGGAAAUCCCAUUCUGCACUCUCAAGUCCUUCCCUUCGGUCAUUGAACACACCAUCCAGUGGGCCAGAGACAAGUUCGAGAACGCAUUCACCCACAAGCCCUCCAUGUACAACUCAUUCUGGCAGACACACUCGACAGCCGACGUGGUCCUCCAGCGGAUGCAGUCGGGCGAGAGUUUGGAGGGCUCUUUCCAGGUCAUCAAGCUGCUGAGCCGGUGGCCAGGAUCGUGGGAGCAGUGCGUCAGUUUUGCUCGUUUGAAAUUUGAAAAGUAUUUCACCAGGAAGGCUCUUCAGCUGCUACAUUCCUUCCCUCUGGACACCAGAUUAAAGGAUGGAAGUUUGUUCUGGCAGUCCCCGAAAAGACCACCAACUCCUAUUGAGUUUGAUAUAAAGGACUCACUUCACCUCAACUUCAUCAUCAGCACGGCUCGGCUUUUCGCUGAGAUUUACAACAUCCCUUAUACAGACACAGACCUGGUAGAAGAAAGGGUCACAAAGAUCCUCUCUAAUAUCACAAUUCCUGCAUAUCAGCCGUCAGAAAAAAAUAUCGUGACAGACGAAGCAGCAAAGAAGCCUGAUCAGAUCAAGAUGCCGGUCAGUAGUGAGGAGGAGCGUGAAGCCAUCACGCAGCUGGAGCAGGCCAUUGCUGCAGACGGGGUCACUCCAGAGCGGCUGAAGAUGUGUCCGCUGCACUUUGAAAAGGACGACGACAGCAACGCUCACAUGGACUUCAUCACCUCAGCGUCGUCACUCAGAGCCAUCAUGUACUCCAUAGAACCGGCCGACCGCUUCAAGACCAAGCGGAUCGCUGGGAAGAUCAUCCCUGCCAUCGCCACGUCGACGGCCGCCGUGGCUGGACUGGUCGCUCUGGAGAUGAUCAAGAUAGUUGCAGGUUACGGGUUUGAGUCUUUAAGAAACUGCUUCUUCAACUUGGCCAUCCCUGUCGUGGUGCUCACCGAGCCGGCGCCGGUCAAACGGACACUCAUCAGGGACAACAUCUACUUUUCCAUCUGGGACUGCUGGACCAUCUUUGGCCACGAGGACUUCACUCUGUCCGACUUCAUGAAUGCAGUGAAGGAAAAGUAUGGAAUCGAACCUGCCAUGGUGGUCCACGGUGUGAAGAUGCUGUACGUGCCUGUGAUGCCCGGCCACUCAAAGAGACUGAAGUUGACAAUGCAGAAGCUGAUCAAGCCGCCAACAGGUCGCCACUACACAGACCUAAUAGUGUCAUUUAGCGCGGAGUCGGAUGGAGACGAGGACUUGGCAGGGCCUCCUGUCAGAUAUUACUUCAGUCGUGAUGGGGAGGCCCCCUGACGCGCCAGUGACGGGCGGCCGAGCACCAGGACCUUCAUUCAGAGCAGAAAUCUUCCCCAAGGCUCUGGGCUUCGACACCAACCUUCGCGGAAGGUCCCGGAGCAGGAACGUCCGGUGGGCUUCAGUAGCACUCCAGUGUACUCUGGUACAUUUCCCUUGUUGUUUGGAGAGAGACUCACAGCGGCGACUGUCUUUAUGCCUUAAUCAUGUGUAUUCGUUGCUGACUGAAACGUCUGAAUAGCGCCCCCUUUGUCACAUGUGAUGCACCUGUCAGGCCGUGAGACAAAGUUGGAGAAAUGCGUGUAAUUUAUUCUUCCUCUCAGAAUAUUGCCAAACUCAAUUAAUUCCUGAUUGGUGACGACGAAUCCAGCCAGCCAGAGUUUGUCUGCUCCUGCAACACCAAAGAUUUGACUCCUCUCUGUUUCACCUACACAUACUUGUUAUUAUUCAUCAUAACAAAAGAAUCUAAUUCUCAAUUCACUUGAGUGGUGCAGCAGCGACAGCGUCACACUCCGGCAGGGUUUGGAUUCUGCAGCAGUCGUGGAAGGACUUGGAGGCUUGAGAAUCAUGUUUCCUCUCGACUUCAGCCGAACAUGAUGCACCGGCCAAUUGUAAUCCUGAAAUAAAAAUCAUGACUCAGCGCUUUCCUGCCGAGAUAUUUGAGAGCUGUUUAUCAACUGUGAUGAAGAAUUGUGAUAAAGAAACAUUAGCCACUUGA